AUGUACCUCAGGCCCCUCUUCUCAGCAGCAGUCCUCCUUUCCUGCCUCCUGCCCUUCUCCACCGCUACUUCCGAGUCAAGCGCUGCUUACACCCUCGAGGACCUAUUCAAGAGCAGUGGCCUUACCAAAGGCAACCGCCUCGGCGAGUAUAGCGAAGAAGCAUACAAGAACUUCGGUGAAUUGAAGAAACUCCUCCCCACUUCGACGCGCAAUCGCUACAAAAUCAAAACUCCCGGUGGUACCACCAUCAAGAAGAUGACGAACGCUCAACGUCUCGCAUUGGGCCUCCCGCUCAAUCCUCCAGUUAGAAGGGACGCCCGUGCCAAACAACUUAUGGCACGCCAGGCCUCUUCCGGACCUCCUGAGAUCUUGAGCCUCAACCUGGGCCUCUUGGACGACAUCGGAGGUUCCACUCCUCUGACUAUUUCGCUCACGGUUGACUCCUUGGUCACUCAACCUACUAACCUUCGUAUUACCUUGCCUAGUAUUGCCGAGGAGGACUACCCCUUGCUUGGAUUGGUUCAGGGAAGGGACAACGAUAACGGCUAUAUUGGCCUUGGUUCGCCCAACUACUUGGUGUUGGCUCGCGUAGAUAUUGCCGGGACUGAGCCUGGCUCCACUGGUUCCACUAUUAUUGGCAACUCCUUCAGCGACACUACCGGGCUUCCUCGCAUUGCUCAGACCGACGUCUGGAGACUCAACCGCCUUACAGGUACUAUUGUCCCUGAGUGGAUUAACCCCGAUGGCUGCUACCUCCCCACACUAGCUUCCUCUGGCCCCCUCCAGCUGUACAUUCAGAAUGGGGUCAUCUAUGCCAUCGCUGACAUUGCCGCCUUCCUCCUUCACUAUCCCCAACCAGUAGUUCCCAUCUUCCUUGGCGGUCUGCUCUAA